UGCCGCAUAAACCAAGAAGUACAAGUUGAUAUAACUUCAGCUUUAAUAAAUACUACAAAAUGAAACCGUUGUGUUUUUCGUUGGCUCUCGCCGUAAUUUUCGUCUUCACGAUCGUACACGCAGAAGCGAAGCCGUUGGCCGAUGCUGAUGCUGAUGCUGAUGCCUAUGCCGAUGCUGAUGCCGAUGCCGAUCCAGGAAUUGGUGCUCUUUUUAAGUUAAUUGCAAGAGUUGCUUUGAAACUGAUUAGAAAAAUAGCCCCACACGUCGGAAUGGAAGUAGCACAACAAACAGUACUAAAUAAUUAAAAAGGCAGGACGAGAAAAAAAA